GCCAGAGGCUAAGUCCCAGUGAAAAAGCUCUGUGAACUGUCAACCUACGUCAUCAUGCACUGGUCUAUGUCAAAAAUACCUGUUUUUCGAUGGCCGUCGGUUGUUUUAAUUCGUGAUUAGAAAAUUAUUACAAUAUUACAAUUUCACAAAAAUGAACAGAACCGUCAGCAUGAAGCGACUGAAUACGCCGUCCAAUGCGACAAACAUUGGCGCGGCAGAGGAGCAAUUGGAUGUAGCAAUUUUCCACUGUUUGACCGUACUGACCAAGCGACACACCCCCUCGGAACAAUUCCGCGCGGUAUUCUCUAAGGGAAUGUUCCUUAAACCGAACACCAAGGCUUUUAUUCACGUUAUUCACUUUCUGUUCAAUGUGUACGAUGCCAAGGAAUUCCGAAAGCGUUUUUAUUGGCCGAUUUUCGAUAAAAAUGCGGAAAGUGCUUUCCGCAGUUCAACCGUUGAAUAUGUGAACAACCUGGUGGAGCGUGGAAAGUUGGAUAUGGAGAAGAUUAAGGCCCACACUGUGGUACUGCCUGGAGGAUUAAAGUUCAUGAAGUUCUUGCUGGUAUUGAUUAAGUUUGUCACGAAAGAAGAAUUGCGGAGAACUAGUGCAAGUCCUGGUGGCAGGAUUAUUUGCAAAUAUGAUGUAUUGAAGCUCGUACAACUCCAUCAAGAAUGGGAGACACUUGGGGCAAAUGUUAGAGAAGCUAUCCAAAAAGAUGUAGCUCUCAUUCAUAUCAGAAUACAGGACAUUGAUGAAUUGCUUCAGAAAUUGUUUGCUGAUUGCCAAGGACCCGCAAAACAGAUGAGUUAUGAAAAAUUGAUGGAACUGUGGGGAACGUUUAAUAGGAAACGAUUCCAAGAGACUGAAGCGAAACGGAGGCGUUUGCAAGAAGUAACGGCCGAAUACAAUAAAGUAAUUGCAACGGCAAAACGAAAGCUCGAACCUAAAGAACUAAUCUUGGGGAUAAAGGAGGACGAGCUAAAGGAAACUUUAUACCGCUUAGAAGUGCUGUAUCCUGAUAACGCCUACAAUUUUCGAGAAGUUUUUGAUGAGAAUGGUAAAAUAAGUGCAGUUAAAUUGUUUGAAAUUUUGAUCUUCCUCGUUCCUGAUAUAAAUCAACAUUUGUCAGGGUUUACAGUUCGAAACAUCGAGUCACUUAAGUUCGAAAUGAAAGAACUCUCCAAAGUUGUUGUUAAAUCCGAUAGCAUAUGUCACGAAUUGACAUCUUUACGCAGAAGCUUACCGUUUGGAGAUAGCAAAUUUCAGGAGCUACAUAAUCCGAACCAAGCCGAUGAAUUAAAUGCAGAUCUUGGAAUCAGGAAUAAAAUUUUCAAUACUCCUCCAAUUACACUCAAUUUUCAGGAUGAUUCGGAAGUCGGCAGUCGACCUAUGUCUAAAAGGAAUCGGCUUGCCCUACUAGAUGACGAUCAAGUCCAUCAGAUGAAUCUGCGUAUGCGACUCUUGUCGACUAGCAUUUGCCAACAGUUGCCCAGGACACCUCGUUCUGCUAAGAAAUCAAAAAUAGCACCAACAAGUCCUGGAAACGUGUUCGCUGUACCAAAACCUUCCCGCAAGGAGAAGAUGAACCCUCUAUCAAUGCUAAAUAAAAUAACAGCAAAUGGAAAACCUAAAUCUAAACCACAGCAACUGUCGGUCAACAGCACUUUGAAUAUAUCGUCUCUUUCGACAUUAGGAGAAAUAUCACUUCGUCCGGAGUUUUCGUCCACCCUUCUUGGCACACCGGAGAAACAAACCCCUCAAACUAGGAAAAGUAUUACGUCGAAUGAACCCAAUAAGGACCUACCCGCGCAAACUACAUUCCAGCCGUCGCCUCGUCUUAAAGUCAUCUACAGUCAAGACUUGAUCAUCGAAUCUUCUUCAACGACUAAAUCGACCAUCGCACCGGAUUUCCUUCUGGGUCAAAGCAGUCGAAACAGCAAACGGAGAAGCUCUCUGCUGCAGCUCGAUCAACUACAGACUUCGCCAUCCGGAAAGUUGGAACCCUUAGUUAUGAAAUCAAAAGCAGUCGUAGGUGCGGCAAUGAACUACAGAAUGCCAAAGAUAAGCAUAUCUACACCGGAGGAGGCAGAUUCUGGAAUUGGGGAAGCCACUAAAGCUACGGAAGCGGAUGAUGUAGUUAGCUAUGAAGCUGCACACUGUCAGGAUGAUCUAGAAUGUACUUUACAUCAGGAGGUCGAUGACACCUCGUUGGAUGAUCUCUCGAGAACACUCGUAGACCUAGGAAUGAGUAAGUUAACCCUUAUAUCACCCCCCGCUGUCACACAUGAUUUGGAUCCCCUUCCCGCAGUAUCGAUACAAACAAUGGAUGAGAAUCUGUUCAAUGUAAGCGAUGGAAUUUUAACAGAUUUUGAUUGAUAUUUUUUAUUAAUUGUUCAUUGAUUUAUACACAAAGCCUUGUAAAUGUAGUACCUAUAAAUGCAAAUAUAAAUCUCAAUUUUACACGAUGGAA